AUGUGGACCAUCCUGAUGGGUUAUACGUUACUGUUUACGGUUGCUCAUACCAAGUUCGUGAUGGAGUUUAACAAGCUGUUUAAACCGUGCCCUCGCUCGAGCUCGAGCAAGCCUUUUCCGAUCGAUACGUCGAAGAUGGAGAUCUUUCUCUCGGAGGACGACGAACUGACACUGAACGGAGAGCUUGUUUUCGUCAGCGACUUGGUCUCGCCGGUCGGGUUUUCGUUCUACACGCAAAAGCUAGAACACGGCGAAUGGGUGCCCAGACCGUACAGCAAACGGGUCCUGGACAUGUGCUCCGUCGUAACGUCCCCGAUGGAAAUAUGGUACAGCAUUACGCGCCACAUGAACCGAACUCGCUGCCCGUUCCCGAAAGGUCACGUGGAGCGCUUCGAUAUGGUAAGCCUGGGAACGUUCGGUCUCGACGAAUUUAUGGAGCAAAUGGUGGGCGAAUGGAAAAUCUUCGCCGAGAUGACGCUCCCUUCACCGCUGUUUAUGGAGGUUUCGUGUACAAUGUGUCAAGUGUCAGUGGUAGAACACUAAGUGAUCGUCCGACAGA